AGACGUAGGAUAGUGAAAUUAUAGUGCUGGGAUUCCUCUUGCUGGCAGGCAGAUCUUUUGAACUUUGUUCUGUUUCGUUUAAAAACCUGCAUGAGAUUGCAUGUCCCUUUUUGCACUGUUAUUUCCCUCCUUUAGCUUCGUUACAUCUUGAACUAUUCCAAUGAAUGGAUUGGAUAGAGGUUCUUUUUAAAGGUAAAACAAUAUGUUUCCUCAUCAGAGCUGAAACUGUUGUUUUUCUUUAAUAUUAUCGGAGUGGAUGGUCAAAGGAUCCAGUUCCACAUCUCUCUUUGCUGUUUAUUAAUGCUCAGGCAGCUUUUUGUGAAGCUUAGCUGUUGGCUAACACCAGCAAAAGGUAAACUGGGCUGAUCCUGUGUGCAGGUGAAAGAGAUGGAACGGUUCUUGGGCUUUGUCAGGCAGAUAAGAAGGUCGAGAAGAAGAAAAGGCAAGAAGUACCGACCAGAGGAGGAUUACCAUGAGGGCUAUGAGGAUGUUUAUUACUACGCUUCAGAGCAUUUUCGAAAUGAGAGUCCUUAUACUAAAUCUGCAAACCAAGCCAAACCACCUGAUGGAGCAUUGGCUGUGAGAAGACAGAGCAUCCCAGAGGAAUUCAAGGGCUCAACAAUAGUUGAAUUAAUGAAAAAAGAAGGCACCACCCUGGGGCUUACAGUAUCGGGUGGAAUUGACAAGGAUGGGAAACCAAGAGUAUCUAACCUUCGUCAAGGAGGAAUUGCUGCUAGAAGUGACCAGCUGGAUGUAGGGGACUACAUUAAAUCUGUGAAUGGAAUCAACCUGACCAAGUUUCGCCAUGAUGAGAUCAUCAGCCUGCUCAAGAACGUUGGCGAGAGGGUUGUUUUAGAAGUGGAAUACGAGCUCCCUCCAGUCUCUGUACAAGGAUCAGGUGUCAUCUUUAGAACUGUGGAAGUUACGUUACAUAAAGAAGGGAACACUUUUGGGUUUGUAAUAAGAGGUGGAGCACAUGAUGACAGAAAUAAAUCUCGUCCUGUUGUAAUAACAUGUGUCAGACCUGGAGGGCCUGCUGACAGAGAGGGCACAAUCAAACCUGGUGACAGGUUGCUUAGUGUUGAUGGAAUUCGACUCCUUGGAACAUCACAUGCUGAAGCCAUGAGUAUUCUGAAACAAUGUGGACAGGAGGCAACUCUGCUGAUAGAAUAUGAUGUCUCAGUAAUGGAUUCAGUAGCAACAGCAUCUGGACCAUUGCUAGUUGAAGUUGCCAAAACUCCUGGCACUGCUCUUGGGGUUGCAUUAACUACCUCGAUGUGCUGCAACAAACAGGUCAUUGUCAUAGACAAAAUCAAAUCUGCAAGUAUCGCAGACAGAUGUGGUGCAUUGCAUGUAGGAGACCAUAUUCUGUCCAUCGAUGGCACCAGCAUGGAGUACUGUACAUUGGCAGAAGCAACACAGUUCUUGGCUAAUGCAGCAGAUAAUGUCAAACUUGAGAUUCUCCCUCACCAUCAAACUCGACUGGCACUAAAAGGGCCAGAACAUGUGAAGGUUCAAAGGAGCAACAGGCAACUUGCGUGGAAUUCCUGUGCCAGCAACCACAGCAGCCUCCUCACCUAUCACCAUUAUAACACCUACCACCCUGACCAUUGCAGGAUGCCAGCCUUGAAAUGCCAGAAAACUCCUCCUCAAAAAGGCCUUCCAGCUUUGGUGUCUUCAUCCUUCUCUCCUACCUCCAUGAGCGCAUACAGCCUGAGUUCCCUGAACAUGGGAACCUUACCUCGCAGCCUCUACUCCACCAGCCCACGCGGAACAAUGAUGAGGCGGAGAAUGAAAAAAAAGGACUUCAAAAGCUCGUUGUCUUUAGCCUCUAGCACUGUUGGUCUGGCUGGGCAGGUUGUCCACACAGAAACUACAGAAGUAGUGCUGACAGCUGACCCCAUUGUAGGGUUUGGGAUACAGCUCCAGGGUAGCGUGUUUGCCACUGAGACGUUGUCUUCUCCACCUCUGAUUUCAUAUAUUGAGUCUGACAGCCCCGCAGAAAGGUGUGGGGUUCUACAAAUAGGAGACAGAGUAAUGGCUAUAAAUGGAGUCCCAACAGAAGACAGCACAUUUGAAGAAGCUAAUCAGCUUCUGAGAGACUCUUCUAUCACCAACAAGGUCACUUUGGAAAUUGAGUUUGAUGUUGCAGAAUCCGUUAUACCAAGCAGUGGGACCUUUCAUGUAAAACUACCAAAGAAGCAUAACGUGGAGCUUGGCAUCACCAUAAGUUCUCCAUCCAGUAGAAAACCAGGUGACCCUCUCGUUAUUUCUGAUAUCAAGAAAGGAAGCGUUGCUCACAGAACUGGAACACUAGAGCUUGGUGAUAAACUGCUUGCCAUAGACAAUAUUCGACUAGACAACUGCUCCAUGGAAGAUGCUGUUCAGAUCCUUCAACACUGUGAAGACCUUGUAAAGCUAAAGAUCCGCAAAGAUGAAGAUAACUCUGAAACCAAUUGCAUCCCUUUGGCCUUUAUUGUAGAUGAACAAGAGAGUUCUGGAGCAAUUAUUUACACUGUGGAGCUCAAACGCUAUGGUGGACCUCUUGGAAUCACAAUUUCUGGUACUGAAGAGCCCUUUGACCCAAUUAUCAUCUCCAGUCUUACUAAAGGAGGACUUGCUGAACGGACUGGUGCAAUUCACAUAGGAGACCGCAUCCUAGCAAUAAAUAGUAGCAGUCUGAAAGGAAAACCUCUGAGUGAAGCCAUACAUUUGUUACAGAUGGCAGGAGAAACUGUAACCUUGAAAAUCAAAAAGCAGACAGAUGCGGCAAGUCCCAAGAAAUUUCCUGGUUCUGGUCACAUAAGUGAAAUGAGUGAUGUAGAAGAUGAAACCUCUGCUGCACAGAAAACUGGCAAACUCUCUGACAUAUACUCCACUACGGUCCCAAGUGUGGAUAGUGCAGUGGAAUCAUGGGAUGGCUCUGGUAUUGACACCAGCUAUGGGAGUCAAGGACCCAGUUAUCAGGCAUCGGGAUACAACUUCAAUGCAUUUGAAUGGAGGAGUCCAAAACAAAGAGGCAGUUUAUCCCCUCCAAGUAGGUCAAGGAACCACCCUUUUCAUGACACAGGGUUGAGUGAUGAUGAAUGGGACAGACCAACAGCCAGUGGCUUUGCAGGUACCCAUGAUAACACCGAGACUGACCAGGAGGAAAAUUUCUGGUCUCAGGCUCUGGAGGAUUUAGAGACCUGUGGCCAGUCAGGCAUAUUGAGGGAGCUAGAGGCCACCAUUAUGUCAGGAAGUACAAUGAGUUUGAAUCAUGAAAACCCACAGCCUCGCAGCCACUUGGGAAGACAAGCCAGUUUUCAGGAAAGAAGCACCACAAGGCCACAUUACAGCCAGACGACCCGCAGCAACACCCUGCCAUCAGAUGUGGGCAGAAAGUCUGUGGUUCUGAGAAAAAUUAAACAAGAAAUGAAAGAAAUCAUGUCACCAACUCCUGUGGAGUUACACAAGGUAACUUUGUUUAAGGACUCUGAUGCAGAGGACUUUGGAUUCAGUGUCUCAGAUGGUUUACUGGAGAAAGGUGUAUAUGUUAAAAAUAUUCGGCCAGCUGGUCCUGGGGAUCUGGGUGGUUUGAAACCAUAUGAUAGACUUUUGCAGGUAAAUCAUGUUCGUACCAGAGACUUUGACUGCUGUCUCGUUGUGCCCCUUAUAGCAGAAUCUGGCAAUAAACUGGAACUGGUUAUUAGUAGAAACCCACUGGCUGCUCAGAAGGGAACUUCAGACCAACAGACUUUAGCAGGUGCUGAAUGGAGUGACCAAAAUAAUGCCUUCCUUCAACAAACUGGACAUAUCACUAGUGUGGAGACACGAGAACCUACAAACACAUUAUAGCAAGAAGUUAUUUUAAUCAGACACUUGGUAAUGAAAGACCAUAUAUGGUGCUAACUCCCUUUUAAGAUUACUGUGAUAACUGAGGCACAGAUACCAUGUGGCAUUAAAAAGAGCAAGGGGUCCAACUAUCUGUUUCAAGGCCUAUAUUACUUCAGCAAUGGAGUUGCAGUUUUAUUUCAGAUGGUAUGACUACUGAGAAGUGCCAUUGCAACCUAAGCCUACUACCAUAAGUCAUGGCAAUGUUGAGUAAAGAAAUGGCUAAUGGCCUUAAUUUUUCCCUGACUAAGAAAUUUGGGAGGUGUUUAAAGACACUAUUUUUGCUCUUUGCCUUCUUUACAGCAUCAUCAUUUUUGAAAGAAAAAGAUUGGAUAAAUCUCUUUUUACCUUGAUGUCCAGAUUUUGUUUUUAAAUACAAAUCUACUAAUUUGUAAACCAGCUGGUUUCUGGAUGAGGGAUUUACAAGAUGGUGGUAUGCUGCACCAAGAAGGUCACUUGUUAAAUGGCUAGGAAUGUAGUGUUUGUGAAUAGUGUUCUGCUGAAGAGGUGCAGUCUUCAGAGUAAGCACUAUUCAAAUGGUUUUAGAAAAUGCACGGAAGAAGCUGCAGCAUGUGGUGGUGAAGUUUCCUGCCAAAAACUGUGGUAAAACUUUAUUAGGCGUUAUAUGUUAUUUCCUAUGCAAUGAAGUACUAAACAGGAUACGUCUUGCAACCUGUAUGAUUCUUUUCAAAAGAGAGAUUUUUAGGUAGUCAAAAAUUCAGAAGGAUUAUUGAAUAA